AAUACAUCAUACAAACCAUAAAUCCUUGAAGAAACAGUCCUAUAUAUCAAAAAAAUAUUAUGGAGUAGACAAAUAAUAAAUGUGCAGUGGAUUGGAAAAUAUAAUUUCAGCCAAAUAUUAAAAAAAUCCCAAAUGGUUGACUAUUCUCCCGUAACACUAUAUACUACACUAUAUAUAUAUGUCCACCAAGUUUGUCUAUACAAUUCAAGUCUAAGCAAUUAUUGCAUUUACUACCAAAAUGGAUUAUUAUUAUUAUUCUUCAACCAUCCUUCCGGUGUUCCUCCUCCUCCUCCUCCGCCAUUUCACCGCCAGCUACGCCGCCAACUUUGAAGUGCGUAACAACUGCCCAUACCCAGUAUGGGCAGCUGCAACACCAGUGGGCGGGGGCCGCCGACUCGACCAGGGCCAGGCAUGGUCGAUCAACGUGCCCACGGGCACGGCCAUGGCCCGCAUUUGGGGCCGCACAAAUUGCAACUUCGACGCGAGCGGGCGGGGCGGGUGCCAGACCGGCGACUGCGGGGGGUUGCUACAGUGCACGGGGUGGGGCAAGCCGCCGAACACCCUCGCCGAGUUCGCGCUCAACCAGUUCAACAACCUCGACUUCUUCGACAUCUCGAACGUCGACGGUUUCAACAUCCCCAUGCAGUUCGGCCCCACGAACCCCGGGGCCGACAAGUGCCAUGCAAUUUCUUGCACGCCACCUGACCUGGUCGGGCAGUGUCCCGGCCAGCUCAAGGUCGACGGAGGGUGCAACAAUCCUUGCACCGCGUUUGGGACCCCGGAAUAUUGUUGUACCAACAAUAUUUCAUGUGGUCCCACAAACUAUUCUAGGUUUUUUAAGGAUAGGUGCCCAGAUGCUUACAGUUACCCUAAAGAUGAUGCCACUAGCACCUUUGCUUGCCCUGCAGGAACAACUGAUUAUAGGGUUGUUUUCUGCCCCUAAAAAUGAUGUCAUUAUACGAUACUGUAUUUAUAUAUAUUUUUAAAUAAUGAUUAUUAUGAGUUUCAUGAUAAAUUAAAAUUUAAAUGAAUAUAGACAUGGUCAUCACGUCUAUAUUCAUGUUAAAAAUGUACCGGAGAAGAAUUGGUUGUGCGUGUAAUAAUUUAGUUUAUUACUACUAUGGUUUGAAGCUAAUUAGUAAGAAAAAUAAAAGGCUUUGGAUCUU